AUUGAUAACUCAUGAACUCGUCACUAUCGCGCCGGACUCCAAGCAAGACGUGUCUUACAUAACAUAACAUUAAAUUAUAACAUUACUCAAAGAAUAUAACAUUACUUUAAAUCAAAAUGAAGUCAUUAUUAGUUUUGUUUGUAGUUUGUUUGUCAGUGGUAUACGCAAACCAUUUAAUAGUAGGAAAUAUAGCUAAUAGAGUUAUUUUGGCGAACCAAGCCAGGGUGGAAUAUAAUGCUAUACCGUUUAUCAAGAGGGUCAAAUACUUCUUCUAUUCACAACCGGAUAACCGGCUAAUUCAGGGUAUCCAAGCUUUAGACACGCUACACAGUAAGGCCUCCAUCAACAUUACUGCGGGAGGAGUCGGCUACUCCUACGUCAACCUUCGGCUGAAGAGUGAGCGAGGCAGAGGACUCGCCUACGAUAUAGGAAUCUAUGUACAAGACUCAUUCUAUAAUUAAAUGUUAAGUUUUAUUUA